UAUUUUGUCAAAUACUGUUUUUUUUCUUUUUUAUCUAAGUAGUAUGCAGUUUCAGAUGAAGCCAGUUGAUGUUUCUGAAUUAUAUACUUAGUUUGUGAUCAAAUGUGAUCAGAGUAGUAUGAACCAAUCCUAGUAGGUCUGUUUACAAAACACAAGCAUGUAUUCAAUGGACACUAUACUCAUUCACAUACCCAUAUUCAUCUUAAUUAUAAAUUAUUAAUAUUAUUUGUAGUGUCAUCAUGUCAUUUUCAUCCUCUUAUCAGGGGCCGGGUCGUGGGGGCAGCAGUCUUAGAAGAGAACUCCAGACUGCGCUUUCCUCAGAUACUUCCUCCAGCUCCUCCGGGGAGAGGGGCGUUCCCAAGCCAGCCGAAAGACAUGCCAAGGGUCUUCCCAGAGGCCUGCUCCCGGUGAGACAUGUCUGGAACACCUUCCUAGGUAGGCGUCCUAGAGGCAUCAGAAACAGAUGCCAGAUCCACCUCAGCUGACUUCUCUCAAUGUGGAGGAGCAGCAGCUACUCCGAGCUUCUCCCGUGGACAGAUCUCCUCACCCAAAUAAUCACUUAAUUAAUUAAAUAAUGUUUUAUUUCCACAUCUGAAAAUAAUAAUAAUAAAAAAAACGUGUUAUACAAAAAUAAAACCAAUUCACCUGCAUUAUGUUUGCCUAAGCUAUUUCGGAUUCACUCUUGAGGGGUUCAACUGUUCAGAAGAAUCGAUUCUGAGAAAUGAUUCCUUUCAGCCUUCGUAAGGCAUUACUCACGCUCACAUUAAUGCUGGGGAGGAGGAGGAGGAGGUGGUGUUGGGUGUCACUUUUUCAAGUCAGUGCGACGCACACAAAACCACCAGCGGUUCACCAGAGAAGAAUUACCGGAGAAGUCUACAUGAUUUUCGAGAAAUCACAAUCGGAAAUCCUCGUGCCUGAAGGAACCACUGAGAAGGAGAAGAAGCACAAACUGAGCUAACACAGCCAAAGCCGAAUGUGUAGAAUAAGGAAGAGGAAUAUUCGUCUGUUGACUGUUUGUUGACACUCGUGAGGAGUUGUCGGGAUCUCUUACGUCCAGACAUGGGGAGACGGAGAUUUCUUUCCUGAUUCUGCGGUCUCUCGCGUAAGCGAUUCCUACGUAAAUGGACACGAUGUUGCUGGCUUCCGCCGUGGUGGUCUGGGAAUGGCUGAACGAGCACGGGCGCUGGCGGCCCUACAGCCCGGCCGUGUCUCACCACAUCGAGGAGGUGAUAAGAAGCGAUCCCCGCGGCGGCAGCGUCGUCCUAGGCCAAGCUGACAGCCGCCUGUCGCCCUACAUCAUUGAUCUCCAGUCCAUGCAUCAGUUCAGACAGGACACCGGUACGUUAAGACCAGUCCGAAGGAGUUUCUAUGACCCCACCUCAGCACCAGGCCAAGGCUGGAUAUGGGAGUGGGAAAAUGACACCGGAUCCUGGAUAACUUAUGACAUGGAGGUGAGCAUUGCAUUGCAAGCAGCAUGGGACCGACACCAGCCCUGGCUAGACAUGACAUCGAUGGGCUUUUGCUACUUCGUGGACUUCAAAACUAUGAUCCAGUUUAACAGGCAAACACAGCGGCAGAGGCGCAUCCAGAGACGCUCAGACAUGGUUUAUCCACUAGUCUCUGGGCCUCUGCCAAAAAACUCACAGGCUUGGGGUUCUGCCCUGGGUGCUGGAGGCAUUGCUAAAGGGGUUAUAUCUGGUGCGGGGUCAACAGGGGCUCUUCUUGGAGUAGGCGUUUCUGGUUCUACCCUCAGCCGUAAAGGAAGUGCAGUUUACCCAAGCGGGACACUUUCAGUAUCGUCGCUUGCUCCUCUUGGACAGCCAUGUGCCUGCCAGCAGUGCAUGCUGGUGUUGAGUGUAAAAUCCAAUGGCACCUCAUCACAGACUCUAGGACGUGCAACAAAGCCAAACAGUCCUAAAUCCAACUUUGGGACACUUUCAUCCUCUUCCGCGUCCAUGUCUGUUUUGAACUCUUAUUCUCAAACGCUUCCACAUGGCACGUCACUAAAGUCUUCACCCUCAGAAGAAGCUAAGAAUUUUGAUCAGUCGUUGUCCCUUCUAACAUCGGGCACUGCCAGUCUCUCAGUUUCGUCUAGCCGGCCAAGGCUUCCAUCUUUACCUCCACCUCCAAAUCUGCCAUCACUGAAUCAGCAGCCCCCAUCUGCCUCAGGCUCAUCGUCCUCAGCUUCAUUUGUGCCAACUGCCGUUCUGGUGAACACCUCAACCAACCCCACAUCAUCCACAGUUUUGACGUCAUCCACAACAACCCUGCCCUCUCAACGCUCCACUGCCUGUGCUGCUCCUCUACCACCUCGUGCCAGUCUGGCAGGGCUUAGUCGGCCUGCUUUGCAGAGAAUUGCCAUGGCACAGUCACGGGCUCUUAUUGCUUCUGGUGUGCCAACGGUACCAGUGAAGAAUCUUAAUGGCUCCAGCCCUGUCCAACCGGCUUUAGCUGGUAUUACUGGUAUUCUGAUGAGUGCAGCGGGACUACCUGUAUGUUUGACUCGUCCUCCAAAACUAGUUCUACAUCCCCCACCUGUCAGCAAGAGUGACAUAAGACCCAUUCCUGGCAUUGGGCACUGUUGCCGCAAGACCACCAAAAAACAAGCCCGAAAAGGUAAAACCCCAGAGGAAGUGGUAAAAAGGUACUUGCAGAAGGUCAGGAGUCCACCAGAAGAAGACUGUACUAUCUGUAUGGAGGCUCUAGGGGGCCCAUCGGGCUAUAAGGGUCCGGGUGUAGCAAGUGUUUCACGUGCAGAGUCAGUCGGACGACUGGCACAAUGUGGGCAUCUGUAUCACCUGCAGUGUUUAGUGGCCAUGUACAACAAUGGCAACAAAGAUGGCAGCCUGCAGUGUCCCACAUGCAAAACUAUAUAUGGAGUAAAGACAGGCAACCAGCCAGCCGGUAAAAUGGAGUACCAUGUCAUCCCGCACUCGCUUCCGGGACACCCAGACUGCAAAACCAUUCGCAUCAUCUACAACAUACCGCCCGGGAUACAGGGUCCUGAGCAUCCAAACCCAGCGAAACCUUUCACUGCAAGAGGAUUUCCCAGACAUUGUUAUCUUCCAGAUAAUGAAAAAGGACGCAAGGUGUUAAGGCUGUUGUUGGUGGCCUGGGAUCGACGGCUGAUCUUCUCUGUGGGAACCUCUAGCACCACCGGAGAAUCGGACACUGUCAUCUGGAACGAGAUCCAUCACAAGACAGAAUUUGGCUCCAAUCUCACUGGACAUGGUUACCCAGAUUCUGGUUAUCUUGACCAUGUGCUGGAGGAGCUUAAAGCCCAGGGGAUCACUGAAGAUGAGGAACAGCUCCUGUGAGGAGGACGGGGUGUACUCAAAGGUCAAUGAUGGUACUAGAGCAGAGGUGGCCAAGAUCGUUCUUGGAGACCCCACAGUCCUAAAGAGUUUUGAUCCAAUCCUAAUUAAGGCAUAGUUCACCCAAAAAUGACAAUUCUGUCAACAUUUACUCACCUUUCAAUUGUUCCUAACCUUUUAUGAGUUUCUUUUUUCUAUUAAACACAAAAUUAGGUCAUUUAAAAUAAGCUAAAAACAUGUUAUCACUGACUUCCAUUGUAGGAAAAACAAAUACUAUGGAAGUCGAUGAUUACAGAUUUUGCUUGUUAAGUCGUGAGUCGUGACGUAUGAAAUACUGUUUCCGGGUCCAAGCCGCUACUCAUUUGAACUUAGAAAAUAUUCGUUGAUGACCACGUUUUAGUCCCAUCACACAAUUAAGUGAAUUUUAUAUAAAAUCAUGAUGUACACAACAGUCACUGGCCCUGCUGCAUCACAGACACCAAUAUUUUAACAAUUUAUAAAAAAUGUGUCACUUUCUGACCAUCGGAUAUUAGGCAUGGAUAU